UUGUGUUUAUUUGUGCAGUUGUUCAUUUUUUUAAUUUAAGCCAUCCAUGUUUUAUCGGAUGGUUCAGAUAACGUGCAGAAUCUAGGAGCGUUCCAUUAUUUUAUUUGUGAAUGGGUUUUUUGGGGGGGAGAAUAGCAUUUUGUAACGUCGCAAUGAACUGCACCAUGGAUUUCAAUCAGAAUUCUUAAAGGGUAGCCCAUAGUGGCAAUUUAAUCGGUGAACAAAUAGAAACGCUGUGCAUGUAAACAAGAGCCAGCAAUCUUCUAAGAUCCGCCCAUUUCGAUAUUCUAUCUUUCAUUAUUUCUCGACACAAUUGGAAAAAGUGUAUUAAUUUUACCGUUCUUCCAGGAAGACGGCAAUGUCAUCAUCAACAUCCCGGCGUGGUUUUGUUGUUGUCUGAUUUUACUACUGGAUAUUGGCACUUACCCCUGCGCCAAGCCAUACCUCCGUUGUUUUACAAGGUGAUUGAAGUGUGGCCUGCAGUGACAUCCAUCCCCUUCUCCCUAUUGGCCUUCUAUACCAUGAGCUCUGGCUCCGCCCAGGAUGUGGCGGUGGAGCAUUUCUUGCGUGACAUAGAGAGGCGGGGCAAGCGGCUACAUUGUGCUGUGAUUGGUUGUGAGGAGCAGCGUCCCCGCGGCGACAUGAACCUGCUGUAUCGUAAGAGCCGGCUGGACUGGAGGCACAAGGACCAGGAUGGCAAUAAGAAGAGCUCCAGCCAGAAGGACCCCUCCUCAGCCACGGUGGGCAAGGUCCGUGACUUGGCAUCCUUCCGGCGCCACUUCCGCAUGGGCUUCAUGACCAUGCCUGCCUCCCAGGACCUGUCCCCUCACUCCUGUGCCUCUGCCAUGGCUCCCCGCUCCCAGUCUUGCCACGCUGUGGGCGCUGGAGACACAGGUCUGGAGAAUGGGGAAGAUUACUCUGACACCCAGUCACAGCACGGCGGGCGCUGCCCCCCUGCUAAACCCAAACGCCAUCCCAGCACCCGUCUCAGCUCCUCCUCGGAUCCCAGAGCACCUCACGCCCCACCGGACGCCCCUCCGCCACCCCCGCCCACUCACCUGCAGGCCAAACACUCAGAGAAGAAGAACGCCAUGAAGAAGUCUGACUCAGGAGACAUGUCCAAAAAGGUGCCGCCUUUGAAACCCAAACGAAGCCCCAGUACUCAGCUCUCGUUUGAGCCCCCAACUCCCUGUGUGCCCCCUCUUGCCACGCCCAUCCAGGGGGGUGAGGGUCAGCCUCAGGGGGACGAUGAGCCCGUCUACAUAGAGAUGGUGGGCCAAGUGUUCACCAGGGAGAGCCAGACUGCCACCCCUCACCCUGUCACGCCCGUAGCCACCACGCCUGAUUCAGACUCAGACCAGAGUGAGGCCAUCUAUGAGGAGAUGAAGUACCCACUGCCAGAGGACAGAGAGGGACACAAACGCCUCCCUCUCAAACACGAGAGACUCAAAUCCUCCAAACACCACCACUCCUCCUCUGGCACGUCCGCCCAUCUACCUCGCCCCUCCUCCUCCCCCUCCUGCUCCAAACCUAAAGCCACAGUGUCCAUCUCCCACUCCUCACCCCUCCCCUCCUCCACCUCCUCCACCCCUGUCCCCCAGCCCCUCUCCUCCAGCCCACACCCCCCACGAGCCCCUACGCCCUACCUCCUCCAGGGAAACAAAUCAGAGACAGAGUCCACCAGUAAGAUCCCAGCCCCCUUCCCCAACCUGCUGCAGCACCGACCCCCGCUGCUCGCCUUCCCCCAGCCUGCUGCUGCCUCCAGUGGGGUCGGGGUCCAACACAAGGCUGCUUCUGCCAAACUGGGGACCAUCAGCAUUCAGAACUCCUCCAGUAUGACAGCUCCGUCUAGCACCUCCUCCUCCUCCACCACCCCCUCCUCUAACCUCCCUGUGCCCCUGUCAGGCUCUAAGGAGUCUAAGGACAGAGACAGAGACAGCCAGCUCGGCCCUGCACCAGGGCUAAGGGCCAGGAGCCACUCCACACCCCUGCCCCCUUCCUCUAAGUCCACCUCCCCCUAUUCCCACCACCACCACCACCAUCCCCACCCUCACCACCGCCCCUCACACUACCACCACUACCGCAAGCCAGAAAGAGGAGACUCGCCCAACCCCAACACCAACAACAAGAAUGGUUCGGAGACCUUCUCCAAGUCCAUUGCCCAGACCCAGACCCAGGGCUCGGGCAAGGAGGGAAAGUCUGUGAGCUUCUGCUUGAAGUUAGACAAAGCAGAGAGGGACAGGGACAGAGAGAGGGAUAAGGACAGAGAGAGGGACAGAGAUGGUCACAGGGACAGUCACAGAGACAGAGACAGGGACAGUGACAGGGAGCGACACAGGGAGAGAGACAGAGAAGCAGGUUUCCACUUUACCUCCUCUCAGGCUGAGAACACCACAAACAACCUUUCAUCCCAGACCAGUGCCAGUUCAGCCACAACCUCGUCCUCCUCCUCUUCCUCCCACUCUCGCCCUCACUCUCGCUCCCAACUCCACCGCUACCACACCCCCCACGGCCUACCCGCCUACAAGCCCCCCUCCUCAGACAGCCCCCUGCUCUGGACCUACCCCUCGGUGGGCUUCCGGAGACCCCCGGCGUACGACAGCCUGCGAGGAGGGUCUCAUCUGCCCUCCUUGCACCACCAGGGUCACGGUGAUGUGGCCUCUAAAAGUAGCACGGUGCCUGGGCCCGUCCAGGGGAAGGCUGGGUUCAUGCCCUGGGACAACAGUGGCUUUGGAGACGACGGGUCUUACUUGCCCAUGCAGAGGAAACUGUCCUUCAGCCAAGGCAGCAGAGAGACAGAGAGAGAGAAGGAUGAAGGGCGGGCGUGGAAUGGCAGUGCCGAUGCCCUCCUGAGGAUAGACAAGGAGGACCUGGGCCCUGGACGUCGAGGAGGAGGAGGCCACUCUGGGAUCCCAGUACGCUUCACUGGAGGGAGGGGGCUGGGCCACAGUGAGUCCCUGGCUGGGAUGGAGGGGGGGUCCUUGGGGUUCCGAGCCCUGCCUAGAGGGGGUCUCCCCCUCCCGUGCCAAACCUUUCCAGCCUGCCGCAAUGGAGAACUGGGUCGAUUGAGCCGCUCAUCAUCCACCUCUGGGGUGAGACAGGUGGGUGGAAACGACGUUCAGCGGCAGAGCAGCCUGCCCCAUCGAGAGGUACUGAAUCAGUUGCAUGGGCUGUCCCAAUCCUCCCAAACGCCCUGCAGUCCUAUCCUGUCCAGACAGCAGCAGCAGCUCCAGCUCCAUCAGCAGCAGCUGCAGUUACAGCAACAGCUCCAGCAGCUGCAGCAGCAGCACCACCUCCAGCUGCAGUUCCAACACCUGGCCCAGCUGGCCCAGGGACAGCCUCCCACCACCGGGGGCGCUGCCACGUCCGCAGCCCAAACCCAGAGGGAUGGCAAGCUGCUGGAGGUCAUUGAGAGGAAGCGCUGCCUAUGCAAAGAGAUCAAGGCCCACCGCCGCCCAGAAAAGAACUUGUGUAAGCAAGACAGCAUGCCCAUCCUGCCCAGCUGGAGACGGACCCCUGAGCCCCGGAAGACGGGCACGCCCCCCUGUCAGAGGCCCCAGGCCGUGGUGUGGGACACAGCCAUCUGAGUGGAGGGUUGUUGGGGCAGCGGAGGUACAGUAGAAAAACAGGGGCAAGUAAAUAAGUACUAUUGGGUACGAUUGUGGUGAGAAUCAAGAAGUUUACACAUGGAGAGAGAUGGUCCCUCUCUACAAAGGGAAAGAGGAUGGAGGACUAUUUCCUCUCUUAGGAGUGACAGUGUGAUUACCACCGACCUCCACAGAAGGGUGAAAAUAUACAUGAGAGUAAGAUGAGAGUUUUGUGCUCUCACAUAGUAAAAUAAACUUUAUUUGGAGCUGAUACAAGGUGUACCACGUUAAUGAGAUUUUUUGAGGUGUGUGGGCCAGAGAGAUAAUGAACUGAAACAUAAAUUGUUAUUUUGCCAAGAGUGAUCAACUCUACUUUGUAGAGAUAUACAAAGAUUGGGAAGAUUCAGUUGAGGGAUAUACCAAUCCAAUUUGAAACCAAGAAGAGAUAUAUGUACAAUCUUUCAGUACAGUGUGAUUUCUUCCACUUUAGUUUUAGUAUUGUACAAGCCCUUCCUUAACUCUUUAUUAAUUUCUUAAACGCCAGUCAACUCAGACUUUGUUGAAUCAAAAAAAGGGGAGAAUUUAACCUAUAAGAGCAAUGCUGGUUUAAAUAAUUAGGCCUCAUUUCCCCUAACUUAACUGCAGUUUACAUGAAUUUUCUCUCCCUCCACUGUCACAAAUGGCUGUUGGUAGGGAGAGUUUGAAUGAGACUUCAGGUUGAUCCUCAGCAAGACACAUCUUAUACAAACUUAUGUUCAAGCACACGGACACAGACACUGUAAACACACACACACACACACAGUAUUGUACAGCUAACCUUGUGGGGACACACAAUUUAGUCACAUUCAAAAUCCUAUUUUCCCUAACUCCUAACCCUAAUCUUACCCUUACCCUAACUCUAACCCCAACCCUAACUCCUAACCAAAACCCUCAAAUUAACCCAAGCUCCUAACCUUAACCCUUAACAUAAUUCUACCCUAACACUAAUUCUAACCUUAACCCUAAACCCCCUAGAAAUAGCAUUUGACCUCAUGGGGACUAACAAAAUGUCCCCAGUUGGUCAAAUGUCUGUUUUUCUACUAUUCUUGUGGGGACUUCUGGUCCAAUUUUAUAGGCACACACACACACACACACACACACACACACACACACACACACACACACACACACACACACACACACACACACACACACACACACACACACACAGUUGAAGUUGGAAGUUUACAUACACUUAGGUUGGAAUCAUUAAAACUUGUUUUUCAACCACUCUGAAACGUUUCACUCAAAUUAAAAAAUGUAAAGGCAAAACUACCAAAUAUGAAUUGAGUGUAUGUAAACUUCUGACCCACUGGGAAUGUGAUGAAAGAAAUAAAAGCUGAAAGAAAUAAUUCUCUCUACUAUUAUUCUGACAUUUCACAUUCUUAAAAUAAAGUGGUGAUCCUAACUGACCUAAGACAGGGAAUUUUUACUAGGAUUACAUGUCAGGAAUUGUGAAAAACAGAGUUUAAAUGUAUUUGCUAAGGUGUAUGUAAACUUCCGACUUCAACUGUAUCCUCUCUAGCCUUUGAUUAAAAAGGAGAAAGGAUUCUUAUUAUUAAAGAAACAUGUUGAAUGCAUAUGAGAUGGUUUGGUUUGCCUUGUGGUCUGGGUAUCAGUAGAUUGUUAUUGUGGAGAUGAAGUGGGGGAAAAUACUACCUAACGGUUUGCAUUUUUGUAAUGUAUAUAUACAGACUUUCUCAGCAUUCCUGCAAUUUUACAGCAAUAUGUUCCCAAUGUGAGCGUAACAUUAAUAUUAAAACAUGUCAGCCGGCCAAAACAUAUCUCGGACAUGAACUCUAAGUCAUAGUUAACAUGUCAUAUCAUGCAUGUCAUUGAACAGACAUAAAGUACUGUAUAAAACCAUAUCAAUGAAUCGACUACAAGUUAUCGUGUGGAGAUGGUCAUGUGAGAUUGUCCGAUUUUCACAUAGAUCUCGAAGAUGCCAUUCUAUCACUACAUACACCAUGAAAAGUCCUGCUGAAAUGUUAUGUUGUGGUUGUGUAAAGAAGAUGAAUGUGUUGCCGGGGAAAUCUUUUGAACAAGUUAAUAUAAUGGCAGAUGGCACUUACUGUACACUCAAACAUAGUAGGCAUGCUGAGGGUUUAAUAUUUUGUUAUUAGUAACAAAAGUAGUGCACUGGGAAUUUACUAGACUUGUAUUAGUCGACUGAUAAAGCCGUCUGUAGCGCGGGCUAAGGAAUCUGCACUCAAAUCAUACUGUACACUCAAAUCAUACUGUACACUCAAAUCAUACUGUACACUCAAAUGAAAUACAAACGGAAAAUUGUACAAAACAACAUCGCCGGUCGAAAAAAACACCACCGGUCCUGCGGACUCACAGUAACUUAUUGAUGAGUGUCCCAUCCCACAAAACAAUAAUAUCAACACAGGUAGUAGGAGAUGCUGCAGUUGAUAAGGCAGUGCAACAUCAUCACACACACACACCUCAAACAGAAUGCUGGAAGAUCCUGCCCAAAAACACAGAAUACCCCUAUAUAAUAUGUAAAUAGAUAUGUACAGCUGUAUUGAAAAUGUAGCAAUUAUUUCCACUUUCAUACUUGUAAUCAAUAAAUAUAAUGUAGCAUAUAAUGUAUAAAUGUAUUUGUUCAUAUAUUUUUUUUAAAACUUUUUUUUAAUUGGGUACUUAAUCUGUUGCAACUGGUCCACACAGACAUUACUGUACGCUUUUACCAAUACAUGACAAGCCCUCAAGACAAAGGCAGUCUCACAAUUGUUGUAUCAUAUUUAUGCAAGAUUCCCUUUAAGCAGUACAUACAGUUGUUGUAUUUAUGCCCUUUUCUACAUACAUUGAAUUUAUGUACAGGUUUGAACAACUCAGUUUGACCAUUUGUUUGGACAUUUUCUGAAAUACUUUGCUGCUAUCUCAAACUACUACUAGCUACUGUUGUUGUUUAUUGAAUUACAAUGGCAUUUGUGACCAUAUCUAACAUUACUACUCUUGUGCUUAUUGUGACAUACUUUUAAUUGAUUUACUGAAAACCAUGUGAGAUGAAGUUUGUACUGUGAAGAGUCAAUCUCUCUGUACUUGUAUUCUGGCACUUGAAUGUCUCCUGGUUGAUGUUGUUGUUUUACUAGUUAGCACCAACCUGUACAGUUCCAGUGCCACCCUGUGAAAAAGUAUCCAAAAUGUUCAAGUGACAUUGCACCAAUGUUACCAAGAUACUGCUUCACUUUUUGCUACUCAAGGUUAUUAUCACCCAUUGGACUAUAAUUUCAACUAAACAAACAGAGAUGAGGACCAUGUUGAGGGGAAGUGCAAUGUAUUCCUUACAUUGAAAACGUCAGAGUUUGGAUUCUAUCCCAAACCCAUUGAUAAGUGUGCCCAAUUGUAUUUCAGAUAUACCAAGUAGUCAUCUUUUUAAACAUUUAUUACAACAAUUGAUAACUUAGGCAUCAUUUACAAACUAGUUUACAGAAGCUGUCAGCUUUGUGUGUCGCCUAAAACAGUGGCCAUUAUAUGAGUGCCAUACUAUAUUGAUAUGGUAAGAUACGGUGUACCUUGGAAAUCACUGUAGUGCUAUAUUCACAUUGAUAUUGUCAUUAAAUCAGUUUUAUAUAAUGA